AUGGCCAAAGAACUGGAGAUCAGAGAAAAAAGCGUCCGAACCAUCGUGAAAAACAAGAUGGGACUUCGUUCUUACAAGAUUAAUCGCCUCCACUUCCUCAAUGACACAAUGAAGCAGAAAAGAUUGAUAAAAGCUCGACGAAUGUUUCGCUUGACCGCUGGUGCUCGCCUUUCGAAGGUUCUCUUUACCGAUGAGAAGAUCUUCAUCAUCGAGUCCACACAUAACGGUCAAAAUCAUCGCCAACUGCUUAAGCAGGGUCAGAAGAAGAUCGCUGCUGCAAAAAUCAUCGGACACAGUCACUUUCCAGCCUCCGUAAUGGUCUGGGCUGCGAUUUGUGCCACUGGGAAGAAGCCGCUUGUUUUCAUUGACAGAAACGUCAAAAUUAAUGCUGCGAGCUAUCAGCAGCGGGUUCUAUGCGAUGUACUGAGGCCAUGGGCAACAGAACACUUUGGCCAAGAUGGAUUCAAACUCCAACAAGACUGGGCUCCUGCGCAUUCGGCCCGAUCGACGAUUGCCAUCUGCGAAGAUCUGUUCCCAGGUUUUUGGGGCAAGGAUGUUUGGCUCCCUUACUCACCAGAACUCAAUCCGAUGGAUUACCCGGAGUGGUCAAUCUUGGAGGAAAAAAUCUCAGGAAAACGAUACGCCACGGUCAACAUGCUCAAAACGGCUCUGAGUCGUACCUGGAAUGAGAUAACGUUUAAAUUCAGUUGGAAAUACUUUAGCUUUUUCAGGAAAGCUCCAAAAGGAGUGAAACAAAACCAGUGGACAACGACUGAAAGCAAGGGACGAGCACAGCCUACAAGAAUGGUGACAUUUACAUUAGCAAAGUCUGCCGAGAAUAUGGAGUCCCGACGGCAACUUUCAAGUGACACAUAA